AUGUCUCGUUCAGUGAGAAGGGGAUGUGGACCAUUAUCAUUACAGUAUCCCUCGCGGCAUUUUUGCAAGGUGGCCCUCCCAUAUCCCGAUUCCCUUCUUGGAGACUGGGGUGCUGACGAAAAUUCAGGUCACGUCCAGGCCUCCUUUAAUGGCUCGUCGUUAUAUGAUACAGAGUCCGGCCUCGACACGCUGGUUGUCGACGGAAGAAACAAAAACUCCAAGUCAGGAGUCGAUGACUGGAAACUUGGGGCUGCGAACGCGUCGCCUUUUUUCUUCGCUGCGAUCUUGGGCUAUCCCUUGGCACUUCCUGUGAACCACUACUUGGGCCGCAAAGGAGGCAUGAUUGUCGCAGCUUUCUUGGUCCUUGUCAGCUCGCUCGCCUCGGCCUUUACCACAAACUGGCAACAGCUUUUCGGCAUCCGUCUGGUCAAUGGAAUCGGAAUGGGUCUGGAGGCCGUCAGCACCCCUAUUCUAGCCAGUGAGACUGCGGUCGGCUUCUGGCGUGGCACAUCCAUCCUCGCGUGGCAACUGUGGGUGGCCGCGGGGAUGAUGAUUGGAUUCGCCUUCAACCUGAUGUUUGACACAACGCCUGACUCGAACAAGAGACUGGCCUUCCUACUAAUGGUGGCAGCCCCCAUGGUACCCGCGCUGGCGCUGAUGGCGUUUAUUAUCUGGUUUUGCGACGAAAGCCCGCGUUACCUGAUGCGCGUGUCGAGCCCGAGCUACAGCCCACAGAGGCUGAGGAACACGGAGCUGCAGGCGCUGCGGGACAUUUACCUGGUCCACAAGUCGCUCGAGCAGGAGGAGCCAGCCAGCGGCGACGUCGCCGACUCCCAGCCGGCGCAAGGCUUCAUGGCGACCGCCGCAGGGUUCUUCCGCCAAUGGAAACAGUUCUUCCUCUGGCGGCGGCUUCGUAACGCGCUCAUCAGCAGCUCGACGGUGGCUCUCGCGCAGCAGCUAUGCGGCAUCAACGUGCUGGCAUUCUACUCGGGCAUGCCCUUCAACCGCGUCGGCGUGGAUAAGAGGGUGUCAAUGAUCCUCAGCCUCGGCUACGGCGCCGCCAACUUCGUCUUCGGCCUCCCCGCCAUCAGGACUAUUGACACGCUGGGGCGGCGCAAGUGGCUUACGCCGACACCGCCAGCAACGGUGUUUUUCAUGCUGCUCGCAGGGGUGUCAUUCAACAUCCCCGACGGCGAACCCCCAGGUCGCGGUGGUGACACUGUUCACCAUGUUGUUCGCGGCGGCAUACUGUUUGCGGGCCUCAACGUCAUCGCAUUGUUACUCGUGUUUCUGUUGCUGGAAGAGACGAAGAGGCGGAGCCUCGAGGAUCUUGAUCUCGUGUUUGCCGUUUCGAAGCGUUCCUUUGUACGACAUCAGGUGUUUCAGUACCUACCGUGGUUCUUCAAGCGGUACUUCCUGGGCAAGAGGAAGGCUAAGCCAAGUUUGUACAUCGACCUGAUCUGGGGGCCUAGAGGGGAAAGGUCCCGUGUGGAAGAUGCAGAGGGGACGGGACGGAGGGACAGCUCAGAGUCGGGCCGAGACAGCACACAUGCUUGA